AUGGCCCAAAAGGUCAGCCCACCCAGCGAGACUAACAGAAUAAGAAACUCCCCUUUUGACGAGGUGGUUGAUGUGUCCACUUCAGAUUCGGACGAAGUAUUGAGCACUACGUCGUUCAUUGUUGAGGGAAAAGGUCCGAUGGAAGACAGAAAAACAGCAUGUCAUACUGAUCACAAUAGUGAAGUAAUUGCAAAUUAUUUUGAGUCGGACAGUGAAAAGCGAAAUAGAAUUAGCAAAAUCAGUUUGACCAAUAACUCAGCCAAAGCUAGCACCUGUAACACAUCUGAUGAAGAAAAUGAUGAGAAUGAAAGUAGGGAAGAGGACGAUGGAGCUAGUGACGGUGACGUGGACGAAAACGAAAACUCACACCUGGAACCAAGUACUGGGCUAUACAAUCCGGCUGACUUUGAACAUUUGAUAGUUUUGCCAGAAGUGAAGGAGAUGUUCCAAUAUAUUCGGAGGUAUAAACCUCAGAAGAUUGACCUUGAAACAAAAAUUCGACCCUUUAUCCCAGAUUAUAUCGCUGCUGUUGGUGACACUGAUGCCUUUCUUAAAGUGCCUAGACCCGAUGGCAAACCUGAUAACCUGGGCUUAAUUUUGUUGGAUGAACCCAGCACCAAUCAAUCUGAUUCAACAGUGCUUGAUCUUCAGUUGCGUGCAAGUUCCAAACAAAAAUCUUCUAAGGAAAUGAUUGUCAAAAGUAUCGAGGAUCUAGAGGAGAAUGGAAAAGAAAUUGACAAGUGGAUCAAAAAUAUUACUAACCUUCAUCUUUCCAAACCACCUCCAGCUGUUCACUAUACAAACGAAGACGGUCGUGUCAUUGCCUGGCACAACCAUCCAGCAAAUCAAAGUGCGCACUAA